AUGGAACGUUCCAAAAUCUCCGCUACCCCAGACCCCAAGGAUGGAACCGUCGAGCUACUUACGGCUCGUGAUAUAACGAUGGAUUCGUAUCCUAAGUAUGCGGAAUUACCUCGAAAUCAUUCCUCUGGUACUGGACUGCACGAGAUAUCCUUUGUGGGUCGGCUUCGUUACUGGGAUAACUUUCUAGAGAAGGUUCGCGAAUCAUUCCAAGAAACCGAAUGGGAUACCCGUCCAGUAUCGGCCCGACUGUGUCCACAAGACUUAAACUGCACGGAACACUUCCGCUGUGGUGCUGAAAUCUCAACAAGCAGCAGAUACAUUGCAAAUGUACUGAAUCCCAUAAGUGGUAUUGCUGAACACUUGGGUUAUGGUGUCAGCUCUGGUGACUGGACCGUGGCCGGUUGGAAACUAGAAUGGCCAAGGAUCACGUCCGCAAUACCUUCAACGGAAGAAAAGAAGGACAAAGAAAAGGACAAGUCAUCUAUACCAGACUAUGUUUUGAUAGACGUUGGGACCAAAAGCCCCCGUGCUCUGGGAGAAGCUAAGCACCCAUGGGGCACAACCCCGGAUCCGUACGUGAAAGGAGCACGUAUUGGAGACGAAACCCAGGAGCAGAACUUGCGUCGGUUUUUGGGACAACUAUCCCGUGACAUGUGGGCGGCAAAAUUACAGCUUGGUUUUAUGACCAACUACACAUGGACAGUGUUCGUCCGUCGAGCGAGAAUUGAUGAUGAGUGGAUUCUCUUCUUUUCGGAUGCGAUACACCACACGACCAAAUCCAAGAUUAGUGCAUCAAACAUAACUGUCUCGGUUCGAGAGUGCAUGCUGUACUACUUUCAACUUGCUGCUGGAGCACGGUCGGGUUGGUCUUUGGAAGAUGGACAACGGGAACCACUAGAUGAAUGGGUUAAAAUCAAAGAAAAAGACCCAAAUGCCCGCUCGAAAGAGCUUCCCACACAUACUUUACCUCAACAAAUUCAUCGAGUUCCCGGGGCGCUGAGACCGCCAACUCCAACCAGCGGCAAGACUAUGGAGCUACCACAACAUCUUCGAAAACCUGGCCAAGGACCAAAGGAGUCAGUCUCUGCAGCUGCAAAGCGAUCCGAAUAUAGAGAUGUUGGUGAACUUUCAGGAAAAGGGAAGUUUUACCAUUUUAUGUUGGAUGGUCGGGCGACGUUGAAGAGUCAAGACCAAUGGGCUAUGGAUCCGAACAAUGAAAACACAUUCUACCACGAUGGCGACAAAUUUCGUGGCCAUUUACAAGGGACUACAGCUACCCCUGGGGUUUCGCAAGGAAUCAGUGGGAAGGGUAAGGCCAAAGUCGAUGACCUUUCCACUAGCAUGAGCAGUUCAACAAGCAACACUCAAAGCCAGCCUUCUAAAGUCUCUAACACUGCGUCAAAACCCGCUGCUCCAAAAUACGACUAUAUCGGACGCGUACCGGCGGGAUGGACAAGCUACACAUACAAAGGGGUUGACCUUCCCAAAUCGCAGUGGAAGAGAGUUGGGAGUUAUUAUUAUCACGACAAGAAGUUGUUGCAAGUUAAAGAAGACACCUAA